GAGCCGGCGCCGAGACCCAGCCCGACCCUGAGGAGAAUGUCCCAGAAAUCCUGGAUAGAAAACACUUUUACCAAGAGGGAAUGUGUGUAUAUUAUACCAAGUUCAAAGGACCCUCACAGAUGCCUUCCAGGAUGUCAGAUUUGUCAACAACUUGUCAGGUGCUGCUGUGGUCGCUUGGUCAGGCAACAUGCUUGCUUUACUGCAAGUCUUGCCAUGAAAUAUACAGAUGUCAAACUGGGUGAAAAUUUUAAUCAGGAAAUAGAAGACUGGUCAGUGGAAAAACACACAGAACAGAGUUCAACUGAUGCUUAUGGUGUCAUUAACUUUCAAGGUGGCUCUCAUUCGUGCAGAGCAAAGUAUGUGCGAUUGUCAUAUGACACUAAGCCUGAAGCCAUUCUACAACUUCUUCUUAAAGAAUGGCAAAUGGAGCUGCCCAGACUUGUUAUCUCUGUACAUGGGGGGAUGCAGAAAUUUGAACUUCAUCCACGCAUCAAACAAUUGCUUGGCAAAGGUCUUAUUAAAGCUGCAGUAACAACAGGUGCUUGGAUUAUAACUGGAGGAGUGAACACAGGUGUUGCAAAACAUGUUGGUGACGCCCUGAGAGAACAUGCUUCCAGAUCAUCUCGAAAGAUUUGCACUAUUGGGAUAGCUCCAUGGGGAGUGAUUGAAAACAGAAAUGACCUUGUUGGAAGAGAUGUUGUUGCUCCAUAUCAAACUCUGUUAAACCCUCUAAGUAAACUAAAUGUCCUAAAUAAUCUCCAUUCCCAUUUCAUACUGGUGGAUGAUGGAACAGUUGGAAAGUAUGGAGCAGAAGUUAACUUGCGAAGAGAACUGGAAAAAAAUAUCAAUUUGCAGCGGAUCCAUGCAAGAAUUGGCCAGGGUGUCCCUGUGGUAGCACUGAUAUUUGAAGGUGGUCCCAAUGUUAUCCUCACAGUUUUGGAAUACCUUCAAGAAAGUCCUCCUGUGCCAGUAGUAGUAUGUGAGGGAACUGGGAGAGCUGCAGACAUACUGGCAUAUGUUCAUAAGCAAACAGAAGAGGGAGGAAAUAUUCCUGAUGGAGCAGAACCUGAAAUCAUUUCAACCAUCAAAAAGACAUUUAACUUCGGUCAGAGUGAGGCAGUUCAUCUGUUUCAGACGUUGUUGGAAUGCAUGAAAAAAAAAGAGCUUAUUACCGUAUUCCAUAUUGGGUCAGAUGAACAUCAAGAUAUUGAUGUUGCAAUACUUACAGCGCUGCUAAAAGGUACAAAUGCUUCUGCAUUUGACCAGCUUGUCCUUACACUGGCAUGGGACCGAGUUGAUAUUGCCAAAAAUCAUGUUUUUGUUUAUGGACAACAGUGGCUGGUUGGAUCCCUGGAACAGGCUAUGUUAGAUGCCCUUGUGAUGGAUCGAGUUGCAUUUGUGAAACUUCUUAUUGAAAAUGGAGUAAGCAUGCACAAGUUCCUUACAAUUCCCAGGCUGGAAGAGCUUUACAACACAAAACAAGGCCCAACUAACCCAACACUCUUUCACCUUGUUCGGGAUGUCAAACAGGGAAACCUUCCUCCAGGAUAUAAAAUCAACCUGAUUGACGUAGGGCUUGUUAUUGAAUAUUUGAUGGGAGGAACCUACAGAUGCACCUAUACGCGAAAACGCUUUAGAGUCAUAUACAACAGUCUCAGUGGGAACAGUCGGAGAUCUGGACGUAAUCCUUCAAAUAAUACUCCUCAACUGCGUAAAAGCCAUGAGCCUUUUGGGAACAGGGCAGAUAAAAAAGAGAAAAUGCGACAUAAUCAUUUCAUCAAAACUGCACAGCCUUACAAACCAAAGAUGGAUACAAGUGCAGAAGAAGGAAAAAAGAAAAGAACCAAAGAUGAAGUCGUAGACAUUGAUGAUCCUGAAACUAGACGCUUUCCUUAUCCUCUUAAUGAACUCUUACUUUGGGCAGUAUUAAUGAAAAGACAGAAAAUGGCCCUCUUCUUCUGGCAGCAUGGUGAAGAGUCCAUGGCUAAAGCCUUAGUUGCCUGCAAGGUGUAUCGUUCAAUGGCACAUGAGGCAAAACAAAGUGACCUUGUUGAUGAUACCUCAGAAGAACUGAAACAGUACUCCAAUGAGUUUGGACAACUCGCAGUUGAACUACUAGAACAGUCCUUCCGACAAGAUGAAACCAUGGCUAUGAAGUUAUUAAUGUAUGAGCUGAAAAACUGGAGUAAUUCAACCUGUCUUAAGCUAGCAGUGUCUUCAAGACUCCGCCCAUUCGUAGCUCAUACUUGUACACAGAUGUUGUUGUCUGAUAUGUGGAUGGGAAGACUAAACAUGAGGAAGAAUUCAUGGUACAAGGUGAUACUGAGCAUCUUACUACCCCCUGCCAUACUAAUGCUGGAAUAUAAAACCAAGGCAGAAAUGUCCCAUAUUCCACAGUCUCAAGAUGCACACCAGAUGACAAUGGAAGACAGUGAAAACAACUUCCAGAAUACAGCAGAAGAGAUACCCAUGGAAGUAUUUAAAGAAGUAAGGGUCUUGGACAGUACUGAAGGAAAACAUGACAUGGAGAUGCCAACAAAACCUAAGCGACUUCCAAUUACACGAAAGUUUUAUGCAUUCUAUCAUGCGCCAAUUGUGAAGUUCUGGUUCAAUACGUUGGCAUACUUAGGAUUUCUGAUGCUUUACACAUUUGUAGUCCUUGUAAAAAUGGAAGAAAUACCAUCAGUUCAAGAAUGGAUUGUUAUAGCUUAUAUUUUUACAUCAGCUAUUGAGAAGAUUCGUGAGAUCUUUAUGUCAGAGGCUGGGAAAAUUAAUCAGAAGAUUAAAGUGUGGUUCAGUGAUUACUUCAACAUCAGUGAUACAAUUGCCAUUGUUACUUUCUUCAUUGGGUUUGCACUAAGAUUUGGAGCAAAAGGGAACUUUGGUGACAAUACUUACAGAGAAAAUUAUGUUUUUGUUGCUGGAAGAAUAACAUACUGUCUAAAUAUUAUAUUUUGGUAUGUGCGAUUACUGGAUAUUUUAGCUGUAAAUCAACAGGCUGGCCCUUAUGUCAUGAUGAUUGGCAAAAUGGUCGCCAACAUGUUCUACAUUGUAGUGAUUAUGGCACUUGUACUGCUUAGUUUUGGUGUUCCCAGGAAGGCAAUACUCUAUCCUAAUGAAGCACCAUCUUGGACUCUUGCUAGAGAUAUUGUGUUUCAUCCAUACUGGAUGAUUUUUGGUGAAGUUUAUGCAUAUGAAAUUGAUGUAUGUGCAAAUGAUUCACAAGUUGGCCAUCUCUGUGGACCUGGAACAUGGCUGACCCCAUUUCUUCAAGCUGUCUACCUCUUUGUACAGUACAUUAUUAUGGUUAAUCUCCUUAUUGCAUUUUUCAACAAUGUGUAUUUACAAGUAAAGGCAAUUUCAAACAUCGUAUGGAAGUAUCAGCGCUAUCAUUUCAUUAUGGCCUACCAUGAAAAACCUGUCCUGCCUCCACCUCUUAUUAUUCUUAGUCACAUGGCUUCCUUAUGUUGUUGUAUAUGUAAAAGAAGAAAGAAAGACAAGACUUCAGAUGGACCAAAACUCUUCCUAACAGAAGAAGACCAAAAGAAACUUCAUGACUUUGAAGAGUUGUGUGUUGAGAUGUAUUUCAAUGAAAAAGAUGAUAAAUUCCACUCUGGAAGUGAAGAGAGAAUUCGAGUCACAUUUGAACGGGUUGAACAAAUGUGCAUUCAGAUAAAAGAAGUUGGUGAUCGAGUCAACUACAUCAAACGGUCAUUGAACUCUUUAGAUUCUCAGAUUGGCCACCUACAGGAUCUCUCUGCUCUCACUGUGGAUACUCUAAAAACACUAACUGCACAAAAAGCUUCGGAAGCCAGCAAAGUCCAUAAUGAAAUUACCCGGGAGUUAAGCAUUUCAAAACAUUUGGCACAAAACCUUAUUGAUGAUGGUUCUCUGAGAUCUUCAGUAUGGAAAAAACACAACAUUGGAAAUGUGUUUGGUUCUUCUUUUCCACAAGGAGACCUCGAGAGUAGUAAUGCUUUAUUAUGUAACAUUUCUAUGCACAGUGAAAGAGAUAUUCAACAUAAGACAAUUGGCCAGGAUUUAGCUCCAGUUUCCAGGGGGGAAGAACUAAACUUUCAAGAGGCAGGUUCCUCAGGCAGUGCCUUUUUUCCAAGUGCUGUUUCUCCUCCAGAACUUCGACAAAGAUUACAGGGUUCAGAGAUCUCAAAAUCCAUUAAUAAAAAUAAAAAAUUAGGCAAUUCAUCGAACAGCAUGCCACGUCUAACAUCCCCAACAGCUAAAUUAUUUGUUAGCACUCCAUCUCAGCCGAGUUGCAGAAGUCAGUUGGAAUCUACAGCAAACAAUGAAGCAGCAAUUUUGUCUAAGGCUACAGAAGGAGAUAGUAACGUAGAAUUUGGUGCAUUUGUGGGUCACAGAGACAGCAUGGAGUUACAACAAUUUAAGGAGUCAGCAAUUAAAAUUAAAGAAAAAAAUGCUAAUAUUGAGGGCAACCUAAGACAGGUUAAUUCUUGUGAUGGAUUUACAGAAUAUCACAAAAACUCUUUGGCAAUUCAUUCAGAACAAUUUCACAACAAGAGUAGAAGAGCAUCAGCUGAAGAUACUCAGCAAGUAGACUCUAAGGCUGCAUUGCUCACGGAUUGGUUACAAGGUAGACCUUCAAGUAGCAAUCAAAUGCCUUCUGAAGAAGAUGCCUUGAAUGGUAUUGCUUCUCCUUUCAAGCCGAUCAUGGACACCACUUACUACUACUCAGCUGUGGAAAGAAAUAACUUGAUGAGAUUAUCACAGAGCAUUCCAUUCACUCCUGUGCCUCCAAGAGGUGAGCCAGUCACUGUGUAUCGCCUUGAAGAAAGUUCUCCCAACAUCUUGAACAAUAGCAUGUCUUCCUGGUCACAGCUAGGACUCUGUGCUAAAAUUGAAUUUUUAAGUAAAGAGGAGAUGGGAGGUGGAUUACGUCGAGCCGUUAAAGUAGCAUGCACAUGGUCAGAAUAUGAUAUCCUGAAAUCAGGACAUCUUUAUAUCAUCAAAUCUUUUCUUCCUGAAGUUGUGAAUACUUGGUCAAGCAUUUACAAAGAGGAGACAGUGUUGCACCUCUGUUUGAGAGAAAUUCAACAGCAGAGGGCAGCACAGAAGCUCACGUUUGCUUUCAAUCAAAUGAAACCUAAAUCCAUUCCAUAUUCUCCAAGGUUCCUGGAAGUUUUCCUGUUAUAUUGCCACUCAGCUGGACAGUGGUUUGCAGUUGAGGAGUGCAUGACUGGAGAAUUUAGAAAAUACAACAAUAACAACGGUGAUGAAAUAAUUCCAACUAACAUGCUAGAAGAGGUCAUGCUAGCAUUCAGCCACUGGACUUAUGAAUAUACAAGAGGGGAGUUGCUGGUACUUGACCUGCAAGGUGUGGGUGAAAAUUUGACAGAUCCCUCUGUGAUAAAAGCUGGAGAAAAAAGGUCAUAUGAUAUGGUGUUUGGUCCCGCCAACUUAGGAGAAGAUGCAAUCAAAAACUUCAGAGCUAAGCACCAUUGCAAUUCUUGCUGUAGGAAACUUAAACUUCCUGAUCUGAAGAGAAAUGAUUAUACGCCUGACAAAAUUAUAUUUCCUCAGGAUGAUUCUCCAGAAUUGACAAUUCAGCCUGGAAGCUGCACCAAAGAAUCAGAAUCAACUAGUUCUAUUCAUCUGAUGCUGUAAUGACAUGAGCAAACAUUGGCUUUACACAGUGUCACUAAGUUGUAGAUUAUCAGUCUUCCACUAAAAUCAAAUGAAAGAGAGAUCAAAACAAAGAACCAAGUGUUAUAAGUGGAAUGUUGAUGUCUGGUCCAUAAUCUAAGGACCUAACAACUUGUGGUAACCAUCUACAGAGAUGAGCUGGCAGCUGAUUAUUUUAAGGGUUGAAUGACAAGAAUUUAUGAAAUGUUUUUAAAGGGUCUUUUUAGAAGAAGGUUAUUUUUAGUUUUGCUUUUGUCCAAUGGAGGUUCGUCUAAUCCUCUAAUCCUGUGGUGCAAUAGGCUCUUGACUAAAAGGACUCUUUUUUGGAUGUUUUAAGGCAAAGUGUCUGUUUGGCAGCUGGUUUACUGUCAGCCAGCUAGAGAAAUGGGAGACUGCAUCCUUCUUCAUUGUCAGAGGUUUCCCUGGGCUUUGUCAGAAGUGUUCCAUCUUAUUAGAUGCCAUGUAGUUUCAUCUGGCCUUUGGAAGGGAACAGAUCCAAAGGAUCUGUGUAUAUCAUGCCAGUAUGCUGAGGUUGAAGUCAGAAAUGGAUCUAUUCCAAUAAAGAGUUUGUCUCCUGAAUCAGGAUUCAGCUUCACAGGUGUGAAGCCAGUUUUUAUGGAAUAGAGCCUUAAUUGUGUAAUGAAAUUUCUUGUUUUUAUACAUUUCAGUUUUAUCAAGUCAUUGUCAAAUAGUAACAAAUAAAGCCAGGAUAGACUGGUAUAAUUACAUCAUAUAGUAGAAAAGAGUACAUACUGGUCCAAACAAGAAGUUGCCUUGUUGAAAAAAAAAAAGAAACAAGUCGGGGAAGUGCUUUUCUUGUAAUGACUGCUUCUGAAGUUAUGCCUUCCAAAAAUCUCAUAAAACCAGUAUAUCAAAGCAGAAUGUACACAUGAACUUUUAAAUGUAUUUAAAAUUGUAUAGAAACAUCUUUAAUGUUAUGUUGUUUGUGGUACUUAUUUAAAAAAAGACUAGGAUUGGUUUAGCAUUAUGUAAAGUACGGGAGAUUGCAAUGCAACUUUAUGCCAAUAAAAUGUAAUUUAACUGUCCCAAGUCUUGUUGAGUAUUCAACAAGAAAAACCUGUUGUCCAACUGAAGUUUCAUGCUGCGAUUUUUAUUUUGUUUGUUACAUAGGUACUAAUUUUUAAUUUU